AUGACAGCAGACGACCCCCCUAACCCCGAGCCGACGCUCGACAUUGACAGACACCUAAAAUACUGGAAGAUGUGCCUCCAGUCCCCCCUCCCCCACCACUACCUCUCCAACGAAGGAAACCGCAUGGCCCUGGCCUACUUCAUCAUCAACUCUAUCGCCAUACUCACACCUCAUACUGAUAACAACAACAACAACACCACUGAUAACAACCUCAUCACUCCGCAGGACCGGAGAAAGCUCCGAAAAUGGGUCCUCUCCCAUCAGCACCCAGGAGGUGGCUUCUCCCCUGCCUCGUCACUUGUCUACCCCCUUCACGGUUAUGAGCAGUCGGAGCCAGAAACAGGAUCUCAACCGGCAGAAGCAGCCGGAAUGGCCAAUGCGCCAGGGACUUUAUUUGCACUGCAGCUACUGGCGCUGUUGGCAGAUGAGGAUGAUCCAGAGAGGGCAUUCGACGGGGUCGACAGAGCACAAACACUCCGCUGGUUACGGAGGCUGCAGAGAAAGGACGGGAGUUUCGGGGAGGUGUUGAGGUUGCUGCCUGGUCAGGGGUGGUUCAUCGGGGGAGGGUACGACAUGCGGUAUUGCUACAUCGCCGCGUCGAUACGGUGGAUGUUGAGGGGGGAUGUCGAGGAGGGUGAGCCAGGGUGGGUGGAGGAUAUUGACAAGGAGAGGUUGACGAGUUAUAUCCUCAGCAGUCAGACAUACGACGGCGGCUUCGCAGGCAGCUCACAGGAAGAACCCCAUGCGGGAUAUGCCUACUGCGCCAUCUCUGCGCUUUCCCUCCUCGACCGCCCGUUGCAAACAACCAGCCAACCACCCCCUCCCUCCCCAUUACUCUCCCGCAUCCGUGACCUCCCCGCCUUAAUCCACUGGCUCACCUCCCGCCAAUUCAUCUACCUCGAACACCCACCCCCUGUUCCAGAAAAAGAAGAAGAAGAAGAAGACCCAGUCAACUUCCUCCUCCCCCCUCUCACAUCCCUUUCUCUCUCUCCACCCCUCAUAGCCUCCAACGGCCGCACAAACAAAGUAGCCGACACGUGUUACACCUGGUGGGUCGUAGCAGCGCUAUCCAACCUCUGCCAGUUGCAGCUACUCGGCGACUGGGCACCAGCGAGACGGUUCCUGCUGGAGAAGAUGGCGCAUCGGAUAGGCGGGUUUAGUAAAUACCCCGGUGGACCACCGGACGUGUACCACAGCUGUUUUGGGCUGACGGUCAUGUCAUUGAUGGGCGAGCCGGGAUUGCAGAAGUUGGAUGGGGGGUUGGCGGUGCCGGUUGUGACGGUGGGGGUUAUUGAACAGGCGAGGGGGGAGUUGUUGAGAAGGGCGAGGGGGGAGGGGAAGGGGAAGGGGAAGGGGGUGGUGGAAUUGGGGUUGAGGAUGAGGGGAGGGACGACGAGGCCGGGGUGGUUGAGGGGGGUUAAUUAG